AAGAAAGCUACCUCCCGCAGUUUGUUCGUCCUUUUCGUCAUUCCUCCGCAUUCACGUACGUAUCAAAAGAACUCAUUCUAGAAGCAUUACAUGGCAAUGGCGGCCACUGCAUCUGUCCAGCCUCUCCCCACUCCCGACGGAUCAGCCAUCAACUUCGGUUCCAUAAUUACUGGUCUGGAUGUGGAGAAUCUGUCUGACGAAAACUUUCAACUCAUCUAUGAAACCCUCUAUCGCACAAAUGUCGUCGUGAUCAAGUCCAAACCAGACAUCUCGGCCAAAGCCCAAUACGAGCUUACGCGGCGCUUCGAUCCUUCAUCGACAGCGUAUGGUCAUGGAAAGACACUUGAUGCCAAGCGCAGUAUUUUGCACCCGGACCUCAAGACUGUUCCGCACCAACCUCAGGUUCAGAUUAUCGGAAAUGGAUUUGUGAAAGAAUAUGAAGGCCUUCAAGACUUUACCUUGCGCCAUCCUCACCACCGCACGUUCCAUCGGGAUGCCAUCCCCGAUGCCGACGACCUGCAGUUCACACGCUACUACAGAUGGCACAUUGACGCGGCGUUGUAUGAUCUGAACCCUCCCUUGGUAACCACACUCUUGGCAGUGUCGCUGCCUUCUAAACGCCAACAAACUGUUCGUUAUGACGACGGAACUGGGGACGAGCUGGAUGUCUCACUCGGUACCACUGCAUUUGUCAGUGGGUACCAGAUGUUUGACCGAUUGUCGGAGGUGGACAAGGAAUUUGUUCGGACUAGCAAGAUCGAGUACGCACCUCAUCCAUAUAUUUGGAUGAGUAAAGCGCGAUCUCUUCCUACUGGUCUUGGCCUGUACUCCGAGAAUCUCGAGCUGGAUCAAUCCGAGCUUCCGCCCAUCGACCCAGCUAAAAUUAAAGUUUUUCCUAUGGUCUGGAAGAAUCCGGUCACUGGCCAACUUGCCGUCCAGAUUCAUCCCUCCGCAAUCCGUCGCAUCCACCUCAAGGAUGGCAAAGUAAUUGACGAUGUCGAGGAGGUUCGGAACAUAGUCUAUCGUCUGCAGCGGCCAGCUAUUAGCCCAGAGUAUGUCUAUGCGCAUGAUUGGGAGGAGGGUGAUCUGGUUUUGUUCAACAAUCAUGGUGUGCUACAUUCUGUUGUUGGAGCAUUCGACAAGGACGAAGUGAGGCUAUUUAGGCAAUGCAACCUAUCCGCCAGUCGCCCGCCACUUGGACCUUAAGUUACCUUUUUUGAUGAUUCAUAUUGUUACAUAGAACUAGAUGAAACUUGAUUCUCCACGAUGGCUUGCUCAAUCAAUCUGAAUGUACAUAUAUAGUCGUAAGUAAUAAAUACUUUAGUAUACGCGACUUUAUGUCAAUUUUGUUAUCGGAUACCACAACAACUUAUUGCUAUUAACAUGUUAGCCGUUAGUGGUAAUGUUAUUCCCCAGGAGGAUCAUGUCCUUAUAAGAUGUCAAAUUAGCUUCUAAACCGAAUAUAUGAAAAUGGAACGGAUUCCUUUGAAGGCAGGAAUAAAG